CUAAAAUUUUGCAGCCGUCAUCGAACUACACUUUCUCUAUUCUCUUCAUUUUCUCCUUCCCCAGUUAGAUCUCAAAUUUCUGUCCACCAAAUUCUUUGGCAGUAAACACAUUUGAAAUCUGUUGGAGUGAAAUCAGGAGAAUUCGAGGUGCAAAGAAGUAAGAUUUUGAUGGAAAUCGACCAGACUGUAUGGGUGUACACAGGUAACACAAUGGAAAUUGACCAGAGUGUAAGGGUGCACACAACUAACACAAUGGAAGUAGACCAGAGUGUAGGGGUGCUUGCUGAAUUUGUGAUGCCUACUGAAGAUAUCUACCCAGAUUCGGCGCCAACUCAAGGAAGUGAACUUAAAGGGGCAGUGGAAGCUGUAGGCGAGGUCACAGUAUGUUGUGCAACAAAAGGAGAUAAGUUUCUAGGUGCUGGCCAACUAUAUGAAAAAGGUAAGAUCUGCAAAGAAGUUGUUCUGGAUGAGAAAUAUGAAGAUGUUGGAGGCUUCAGUGUAUUGAAGACACAAGCGUCCUUGUAUAAAGAGAUCUGGUUGAAUUAUGGGCACAUUGCUUCGAACCAAGUUCUGUCAGAUUUCUAUUAUUAUUCCCAAGUAGUCCUUGUCUCUGAAAUAAUGACUUGUAUUCGGGAUAUGAAUCGCUACCAUCUCGACCAGGUUUCUUCUAAGGUGAUCGACUCUUGGGAGAUGAAGGUAGAAGUUGCAGAGAAACUUGGAUUUAACAUCAGCUGGCUUCGUGAACGCUUGGAAGAUAUUAAGAAAACUAUUGCUGAGGAGAAGGAGCUUCAAGACACAUUGAGGGAACAGGAUGAGACAAAGGCACAAGUUAUCGAGGCUGAGCAGGAGUUGGUCUUGGCAAAAGAGCAACUUUUGGCUUUGGAAACAAAGAUUUCUCCCCUACUCAUAGAGAGACAAAAUUUGAUAGAAAAAUGCAGCGGUGGUUUGUUGCUUUUAGAUUGCGGGACGAACUUGUCUCUUGUCACGGAUACAGUGGAGAUGGAUCCGAUUACGAUGGAGGAGCCUGUUGAUAACAUCAACUCAAUGAUGGUGCCUUAUACAGGAAUUGCAUGAAAAACAGGCAUGAUUCGUCGCCUCAACAUAGAGUGUUGUUAUACCUUUAGUUAAGGAUAUGUACUUUUGAGUCUGAUGCAGACUAAAUGGAUGAUUUGCUUCCAAAAUCAUGUAAUAUCGCAUCAACCUGGUGAUGGGCUGGGGAUGCGUAAGUUUGGUUCCGUAAUAUUGUAUCAACUUGGCUAGACAGGUAGGCUUGCAUUUUGUAUCAACUUUGGGUGGCACAUCAGGGGUUGAUCAAAGGUUUAUAGUCAAGUUCAAACCUGAAACUAUGUUAAACAAUUUACCUAUUCAGCAAA